AUGGCAACGUGAGAGAAUCCUGAAUGCUUCUCAAGGCAAAGCAAGAGCAUGUUCUCUUUGUUCAAGAGCCAGGAAGUCAAAUGUAAUAAGUGAUUUAAGAAAACUUACUGAUCAGAGAGAUGCAUGGGCCAGGAUUGGUUCUCUGGCCACCAGUUUAAUUGUGAAGGAAUGCAGACUCCGUACUCUCAAGAUGAUGUUUCAGAGAUAGAAAAGAACACUCCUUUCUUAAAGUCAGGGAAGUUCCUAUCUGAUGAAGAGCUUGACGAAGGUAAAGCUCUGUCUAUCUCUAUGUUCGAAUUCAUCGAUAGAGGUAAGAAAACACUUGGAAAAGGAGCUUAUGGGGAAGUGAAAUUGGUAAAACAUAAGAAAAGUGGAGAAUUAUUCGCACUCAAAAUCAUUGAUAAGAAAGGUACUCAAAACCAGAAACUUGACCUCAUGAAGGAAGUAGAAAUCCAUAAAAGACUGAAACACAAUAAUAUCGUUAGACUUGUUAAUUAUUUCGAAGAGGAAGGAAAACUGUACCUCAUUUUGGAAUAUGCAUCUAGAGGUUCAUUAUUUCACCUUAUUAAGAAAAAGAAUUAUCUAACUGAAGAUGAAGCCUUUUUCUUCUUCGUACAGGCCUGUGCUGGAAUCUACUUCUUGCACACCAUUGGGCUAAUACAUAGAGAUAUUAAGCCAGAGAACAUGCUUAUUGGUAAAUAAGCAUGUCCUUAAAAUAUGAGAUUUCGGUUGGUGUGUAGCUGCUGAUCAUGAUGUGCCUAGAAGUACAUUUUGAGGUACUCUUGAGUACAUGGCCCCAGAAAUGAUCACAAACGGUCAACACAAUCACACUCUUGAUGUUUGGUGUCUUGGAAUCUUACUUUAUGAGCUCCUUCACGGUAGGGCCCCUUUUAAAGGAGAUUACCCAACGAUCAAAGAACGUAUCUUCAAUGGUAAAAUUAAAUUCAAAAAGAGCUUGCCUGAAGAUGCAAGAGACUUGAUCAAAAGUCUUCUUCAAAGAGAUGCGAAUGACCGGAUACCUCUCAUCAAAGUAUUUACUCAUCCAUGGGUGUUAAGACUUCAAGAGAAACAUAACCUUUCACGUGAAAAUUCAGUAGUACAGAAAUCUCAAAAGCAACAAGACAAAUAUGAUGAUGAGGAAGAGAAAGAUCUCCCUGUCAAAAAGAUCCGGAGAAACCGGAAACAGCUUGAUGACCCUCCCAUUUCCGGUGUUGAUCCUCGCCAACUAGACUCUAAACUUCAGAAACUAGAGAAUAUUGAUGGGAAGAAAAAGAGAGUAAUAGCGCCUUCGAAGCAAGAGAAAUUUGGAAACAUCUUUAAAUCCAAUCCUCAGAAGAUUACUAAUGAAGAAGAGUCUCAUAACCUACUUGAUCUUAGUGGGUUCGGUGUGUUCAAGGAGAAACAGGUGUCUAACAUUGACAACAAAUUUGAGAAGCUCCAAAAGAUAGAAAUUGGGGCUACUCGAGGAAAAGAUACUGAGUCUUCUAUUCCCUUUGAUGAAGAUGUAGAGUUCAGCCAAAAGAUUAGCGAGAAACAAGAAGAAAUUGAUGCUGAGAAAUUCCUCCAAGAAGAGCUUUUGGAGCCACAAAGCGUUCAAAAGAAGCCAGAUGAGAUCAAGAAAUUAGAUUUAAAUUCUGUUAAGAAGAAGCCUGAUAUGGAUAAGUCAAGAGAUGGUUCAUCUAAACCAAAGUAUAGCCCAAGGCCUCAGUUCGACGACAGUAGUUCAGACGAGGAAAAUAUUCUCAACCAACUCGGUAAGAAGAUGCAAGACACAAGCUUCAUCGCUGGAAAUAAAGAUCUUGAGGAAGAAUAUCAAAGCCAAGAGAAGAAAAAGGGAGAGAUCAUGGAUCUCAUCGGAGGGAUUGGUGGUGAGCUUGACACUAUUGAAAUUGAUGAUUCUGAACGACCACGCGGCAAAUCAGAUCUCUCCAAAAGCUAUUCAGAUUUAAGUACUAUAGUGAAGAAAAAGAAGAAUCCAGAAAUCUGAAACAAACUUCUUGACGAUAUCUCAGGACUUUACCUUGAUGAUGAAGACUAUGGCUCUAAGGUAAUGAAGGUUGAGGAAAUUCUAAAGAAGGAAAAUAAAGACCAGAAGAACAAGAAAGCCCAGAAUGAUGAAUUCUUUGGACUCUUAUCUUCUACAGAUAAGAAAGAGGAUAAAAAGCUACCUUUAAAGAAACCUGACCCUAACAUCCUCGAUUUUGAUGUCAGUGACAACGAAGAUUUCCUUAACAGAGAAGUAAAAUUUUUGAAGAUGGACAAGUCUCAGCUUGGAGAUGACCUUUCAGACAACAAGCCUGAGCAGGACCCAAAUAGGUUCAAAAGUAAGAACAUCUUCCUUAAAGAGGUACCCAAAGAUAAUAAUCUCAAGAUGUUUGAAGAUUCUGAAAACGAUGAAUUCCUUGACAGUGAGAGUGGAACUGGAAGGGACCAAAUAGAGGAAAAUAAAAAUGACUACCAAAAAGAAGUCAACCAUCCCAAAUUUUUAGAAGAAGAGCAUCAACCAAAUUUCCUGGGACAAGACCACACGCAGCAUGUCGAAGAAGAUGAGUUUGAAGAAAGAUUCAAACGAAGGGAUAAUAAAGCAGAUCCUGAGAAGAAGGACAAAAUUGAUGAUGAACAACCACAAAAUUUUGAUUUUAGUCAACCCAAGGAAUUGGCCCAUGAGUAUAAGAAAGAAUCACCAGUAGAAGAAGAGAAAGGAUUCGGCUUUAAUGAGCUAAAAGCUCAUCCUUAUGAAGAGCCAAGAGGGAUCGGUUUUGAAGACCCCAAAGGAUUUGAUUACAGAAAUUCUGGCAAACACAGAGAUAAUAGUCCUGAAGAAGACAAAGAAGAUGAGCCUUUAAAUUUUAUGAAAAAGUACCAACUUGAUGAGUCGAGUGAUCACAUGGAAGACAAAAAUUCACCUGUUGAUAUGAGGAAGAAAGAUGAUGACAUAAUCUUUGGCAAAGAGAGAAGCGAUGGAUCCAGUAAUGACUCUGAUAACUCGGGAGAUGAUUACCUAAAAACUGAAAGUAACGUCAGAGAUAAGUCACCAGAGUUCUUAAAAUAUGGAAAUGAAGAUAGCUAUGUUCCUCCAAAAUCAGGGAUGGGGAUAGCUGAUGAUGAAUCAUACCCUGGAGAAUUUAGUCAUAGGUCUAAGGAGAAGUCCUCUCAAAUUGAAUCAUCAAUAAAAAUCCCUUUAGAACAGGUGAAUGAGUUUGAUUAUCCACUCAAAGACAUUAACAAGGAGUCUUCAGAUGAAAGUCUUCAGAUAAAGAGAAAGAAUGAGCAACCUGGGGAGUAUAAGCCAAUAAAUAACUGGAAUCAUAAGGUGAAGAAGAAUGCUAUCAAGAAUAAGAAACCUUCUCAAUUAUCUAUGCAGAAGAAGCAAAGUAGCCUUUUAGAUGAGUUCAAAAUUGAUAUGAAGUCAAACAGCAUUCAAUUCGAUGAAAAAGAUUAUCUCCAAGACCCUGACUUUAGGAAAAUAAUUGAGGUGGAAAACACCAGAAAACUCAAUGAACUCUUAGAUGAUGACAAGGAUGCUGAUCUUAAUGAACUAGAAAUUCUUUGGAAAGAUACUGAAGCAGUCAAAGAAAAUCCAGGCAAUAUUUUUCAGAAUGAAAGGGAAAUUUUGGUCAGAUUCUUCAAUAAUAACCCUGAAGGUAUACUAAAACUCAAGGAUUACUAUGAUAAGCGUAACAAUAAGAUCAGGAAACUUGAAGAAAUGGAGGACAAGGAGAGUUACAAGCAGGAAAUAGAAAUAGAAAAGAUCGAAAGAAAAUCUCUCCUUAAAUGAGUUCGCCGCCCUCAAAAUCCACACCAAGCGAACAAGAAUGAUGCCUUAAAAUCCAAUCUCUUUAAGAACAGAAACAAGAAGUUGCAGCCUCGCCAAGACCCGCGUGGCAAUAUUGAUGACGAAGAUUAUUCCAGUAAGCACAAAAAGAAGGCAAGCGAUCAGAAAAUGUCGAAACAGAUCAAAGAGAUUAAUGACAACAUAGAUGACUGGAAAUAGAAAGAAUAAGAAACUUAAUAGGCAGAAAGAGAAGAAAGUAAGACUUCCUGAAAAGAAGAAAAAGAAUCAUAGAGAGUUGAACGACUCUAUUGACAGAAGUCCUCCAAGAGUCAGGAAGAGCAGACUUAUCCAACCCAAGCCUAAGGAAGAGAAAACCUUCUGGGCAGGAGUCUGGAAUUUCCUGCCCUUCGGCUCAUGUGCAUCUAAUCGUAAUAACUACGCAAACGAAGAAGAGAAUGACUAUAUCAGCGAUUCCUCAGAUGAUUCUGACUACCAGGAGAGUAAGAAGAGAAAGGGCAGAAAAAGGAGAUAAUCUUGGUAAUUA